AUGCUUUCAAGAGAGGCGCGCAAGGAGGCCAGAAAGCGCGGAUCGGCGCGCAGAAAGAUCGAUCUGGACGGUCUGGUGUUGAGGCCGUCGCAGCCCAAGAGUCCUCGAAGUCCAGCCAAACCACGAAGUCCUAAAACACCAAAGAUACGCAAGUCUCCCCGGACACCGGGUUCUAGGACCACGCCGAAAAGACUGGCCAGUGCCGAGCUUUCGUCGCCCGGCACGCCUGAAAUCAGCUCCUUUAUAUCUCCCGAGCGCGAACGGACACCGCGGGAGCUGUUUGAGACGCCCAAGACAAGAACUUCUCGCAGAUCAACAAAAACCCCACAACGGACUCCCAAGAGCGCUACUCCCAAGAGAACUCCGCAAUUGGCUGCGAAACAGCGCACCCCGAAAAGCGUGGGACGUGCUGCUAAGACGGCGAAGAAGGCGGGUCGGCCACGUAAACAGGCCAAACAGACGGCUGUUGCUGCUGAGGAGCCCCCGGCCCCGAGCUACUACGAUUACGUGGACGAGCAGGUGAUCGAGGCGACACGCAAACGGGUCACGCAGAAACACCGCGAGAAGACGGCAGAGCGUCGCGAGCACACGGCCCAGGUACAGGAGUCUGUUCAGGACAAGAGACGUCGGUCUGGGAACUACAUCGAGAUCAAGUACGGACGACUGCCGCGGAACAAGACGAAGCUGGUGACGUUGGACGUGAUCAAACAGGUUCUGGUGGACCAUUUGGGGAGCAGCGACGCGCCGGAACAGGCGGUGGGGGUGCAACGCAAGAAACUGGAGCAGUUUUUGCGGAGUUACGCUGAUCAGAUCGACGCCCAUUUUAGCCGGCUGAUCGACACGUAUUUGACAAACAACCUGAUUCUGACAGAGCUGGGCGAGCUGAACAAGUUGAAGAACGAGAAACGCAGCCGAAUCUACGAGAUCCGGCAGCAACGGCGGGAAGUUGCGGUCAAGUUGAAUAGUUUGCGGCGCAAGUACCUGGAGAAGACAGAGAACCACCGGCGGAAAAUGAAGAUUUACAAGCAACUGAGCAGUUUGGAGGAAGGCGGGGACAACGCGUCGUUUGCCAUGACGAGACUGGGCCGGUUGCAGCCAAUCAUCGACCCGCAAUUCGGAGUCGUUGACAAACUGCAACUCCUGAACGAACUUCUACGGGAAAUACAAUAA